AUGGCUCCCUUCGUCCACUCGAAGCGCCGCUCUCUUGCGGCCCUUUUGCUGGCGGUAGCGGCAUGCGGGAUGUACAUGCAGGUGAGCUCCGGCCCAGAUUUUGUGAGCGGAAUCCCUGCCAUGCAAGCUGGCCGGCAGCUAACCAUCAGCAGGCAGUCAAAGGUGGAUGACAUUGUGGAAGAGCUCAAAGGCUUGACCUUGCUAGAAGCAUCUGAGCUAGUGAAGGCCAUCGAGGAGACGUUUGGCGUGGACGCGUCUGCUUCGGCAGGGGCCGUUGUUAUGGCUGCCCCUGGCGCUGCCGGUGGCGGUGAGGCUGCAGAGGCGGCACCUGAAAAGACGGAGUUUGACGUUGUCCUCAAGGAAGUGCCAAAGGAGAAAAAGAUUGCUAUCAUCAAGGCCCUGAGAGCAAUCACCGGCCUCGGCUUGAAGGAAGCCAAAGGCUUGGCUGACAACCCCGGCAAGUUUAUCGAGGGCAAGCCCAAGGAAUUCUGCGAGGAUGCUGUGAAGCAGCUUGAGGAAGCUGGGGCCAAGGCUGUGAUUGAGUGCAAGUCUGUGGAAGCGUUCCUUGUAACAUGCUGGGCCCAGUCCGGCCCAAGUUCAGUGGGCUCCUCCUCCUCCCUCGCCACCGAGGUGCAGCAUGCGUUUUGGUGCCUCUGGGUACGCCGGACCAACCGACAGUCCGAGAGGCGCGAUGCAAAGAUUGCGGAGCAGGGGCUGUUCCUCACUCUGCUGCCAUCACUGGGAGAGAUCAUGGUGAUGCUCAUGCGGUUGGUGCUGAACUCUAGUACCUGCGCUGAUGUCAUCAACACCGCUGACAUCCUUGACCUGUGGCGGGAGCGGCGUGCUGCUGACAUGCACGAGGGCUUGGCUCUCUCUGGCGAGCUGGACAUGCUGGACCCCGUGGAGGUAUUCUGUUGCUGCUGGUCAAAGCAGCCAAGCAGUACGACGCAGAGGACUAUGCCUUUCUGA